GUUUGGCUCUACAACCGAAAGCCCGCGGUAUCAAGCGACAAAUAACCACUUGCAUGCCGUCCGACCAGACCAGAGGAUGCCUGCGCUGAAAGUGGAUACGGUUGUGUGUAUGGAUGAGGGACGGCGGCUCGUACGGGCGAAAGGCAUUCACGAUGACGGGGAAGACUACACCGCCUUCAUGUAUCAGGUCAGGGAGGCCGGAAAGGAGGCCAGUAACGUCUUUGACCUCAGCUGCCGACUUGCGGACAUUAUGUGCAGCUCACUUUGUGUGACGGUGUUUGUUGGCGUUUCCAUGGCAAUACCUCUAACAAUGUUCUCAAUAGGUGUGAAAUACUGGGAAGACUGUCCAAAGGAUGCACGGGUGCCUGUCUAUCUAAUCGUGGGAGGUUGUUGCGGGCUUGUCAAGCUAAUAGCAACUCUCUGGCGGAACGUACAGACACGGCGGCAUCACCGCCUUAUAGACGAACCAGACGUGGAGGGGGCCUUUACUAACCCAACUUUCCGAACCAUGGACACAUUAUUACUGUUGUUUCUCAUUAGUUGGCAGGUGGCUGGAACGAUAUGGACGUUCAAUAUUUGGCGGCCUCGCUUUGAACCACUCUUACACGAGCCUAGUAACUGGUGUGAUAGAACCGUGUACAUGUUCGCAGUUUAUCAGUUGAGUUCCACUUAUGCUGCUACUUCUGUGUUCAUGUUCCUACUUCUUUUACUGACAUGUUGUCAAAAGUGUCAAUCAUAUUAACUGGUAUUCUGUAUCAAUGUGA